AUGACUUCAACGGUGCUGGUGGACAUACAAGAUGAGGUGACCUGCCCCAUCUGCCUGGAGCUCCUGACAGAACCCCUCAGCAUAGACUGUGGCCACAGCUUCUGCCAAGCCUGCAUCACAGAGAAUAGCAAGGAAUCACUGUCCGGCCAAGAAGGAGAAAGCAGCUGUCCUGUGUGCCAGGCCAGCUACCAGCUCAGGAACCUGAGGCCUAAUCGGCACUUGGCCAACAUAGCACAGAGGCUCAGAGAGGUGGUAUUGGGCUCAGGGAAGCAGCUGAAGGUGAUUCUUUGUGCACAUCACGGAGAGAAACUCCAGCUCUUCUGUAAGGAGGAUGGGAAGCUAAUUUGCUGGCUUUGCGAGCGGUCUCAGGAGCACCAUGGUCACCGCACGUUCCUCAUGGAGGAGGUUGCCCAGGAGUACCAGGAGAAGUUCCAGGAGUCUCUGAAGAGGCUCAGGCAAGAGCAGCAGGAAGCUGAGAAACUAAAAGCUGUUAUCAUAGCGAGGAGGGCAUCCUGGAAGAAUCAGAUGGAACCUGAGAGACAUCGGAUCCAGACAGAAUUUAAUCAGUUGAGAAGCAUCCUGGACAAAGAGGAGCAGCGGCAACUGAAAAAGCUAGAGGAGGAAGAGAGAAAGGGGCUGAAUAUUAUAGAAGAGGCUGAGGAUGAGCUGGUCCACCAGAGCCAGGCCCUGAAAGAGCUCAUUUCAGAUCUGGAGCGUCGGUGUCAGGGGUCCACAAUGGAGCUGCUGCAGGACGUCAGGGUGACUAUAAGGUGGAGUGAGUACUGGACUCUGAAGAAGCCAGAAGAUCUCCCCACAAAGCUGAAGAGUGUGUUUCGAGCCCCAGAUCUGAAAAAGAUGCUACGAGUGUUCAAAGAACUGACAGAUGUCCAAAGCUACUGGGUGGACGUGACUCUGAAUCCACAUACAGCUAAUUUAAAUCUUGUCCUGUCUAAAAACCGGAGACAGGUAAGAUUUGUGGGCGCCAAGCUUUCUGCAUCUCACCUGGAAGAGCAUUAUGACUGUGGCGUCCUGGGCUCUCAGCUCUUCUCCUCAGGAAGACAUUACUGGGAGGUAGAUGUGACCAAGAAGACUGACUGGAUCCUGGGGGUGUGCAGCCAUUCAGCGGGACCUCCAUUCUCUUUCAACCAGUUUGCAAACAAUUGGAAUGUUUACUCCAGAUACCAACCUCAAAGUGGCUACUGGGUGAUUGGGUUACAUCAUAAGCAUGAAUAUAGAGCCUAUGAGGACUCUUCUAGCUCCCUGCUUCUCUCCAUGACGGUGCCCCCUCGCCGUGUUGGGGUGUUCUUAGACUAUGAGUCCGGCACCGUCUCCUUUUUUAAUGUAACAAACCAUGGCUUUCCUAUCUACACCUUCACUAAAUAUUACUUUCCUACUACUCUUUGUCCAUAUUUCAAUCCUUGCAACUGUGUAGUCCCAAUGACGCUGCGUCGCCCGAGCUCUUGA